GGACAGGGGAGGACAGAACAGGACAGAACAGGGGAGGACAGGACAGGGGAGGACAGAGCAGGACAGAACAGGGGAGGACAGAACAGGACAGUGGAGGGCAGGGGAGGACAUGACAGGGGAGGACAGGACAGGACAGGGGAGGACAGAACAGGACAGUGGAGGGCAGGGGAGGACAGGACAGAACAGGUCAGGGGAGGACAGGGGAGGACAGGACAGGAGAAGACAGGACAGGGGAGGACAGAACAGGUCAGGGCAGGACAGGACAGGAUAGAGAAGGGCAGGACAGGACAGGGGGUACUUCAGGACCAGGUUUGGGAACGUGUGUGAAUCAUUUGCCUUUUAAACGGGAAUUUCCCGAGCCAAAUGAGGCGCUGUGGAGUCGCGUGUGUUUAUACCGAGCUUCUUUAUGCUAUCGACGAAGAAGAAAAUGGCGUCACGACUCAUAACAGUCCGAGGUCGACAAAUGAAGAUUUUAUUUCGUCUCGCUAACUAAACGAUGUUUUUCAGACUGAAAUAGUGACAGAAUGGAAAUCAUGGCUGCAAAUAUGCUAACUAGCGCCCCUGCUCUGGCCAUGCUGGCCCCAUCGCCAUGUGUGGAGGACCCGGGUCCCCCACUCGGGACGUCAGACAGCGAAGACUAUGUGUUUGUCGAGCCUCGACAUCCCAACAAGGUCCUGGAAGGCUUGAACAGCCUGAGGCUUAACAAUGCUUUCUGCGAUGUCACGCUGUGCUGUGGAGGCCAGGAGUUCCCCUGUCAUCGCAUCGUUCUUGCCUCCUUCAGCUCCUACUUCCAGGCUAUGUUUUCCACUGACCUGAUGGAGUCGCGGCAGGAACGAGUGGCCAUCAACGGCGUGGAGCCUCAGAUGAUCGGCCAGCUUGUCAGCUACGCUUACACAGCCGAGGUGGUGAUCUCCAAGGCCAACGUACAGGCCCUCCUGGCUGCAGCCAACCUGCUGGACGUCAUGGCAGUGCGUGAAGCCUGCUGCAGGUUCAUGGAGCGUCAGAUGGACGAGAUCAACUGUGUGGGUAUCCACUGCUUUGCUGAGGCUCACUCGUGUAAAGAGCUGGAGCGUUGCAGCAUGGAGUACAUCCAGCAGCACUUUAGCACUGUAUGCCAACAGGAGGAGUUCCUCUCGCUGUGUGCCGAUAAACUGACCGAGAUUAUUUCUAGCGAUCACCUCAACGUGCCACAGGAGGAGACUGUGUUUGAGGCGGCCAUGCUCUGGUUGGAGAAGUGUGCUUCCCGCAGGCAGAGCUUUGAAAAGGUUCUCGAACACAUCCGGCUGCCUCUGAUCAGUCCCUAUUACAUCCACGACGUGAUCGAGUCUUUGGAUGUAGUGAAAGAGUCCCGGAAGUGCCAGGAACUGAUCUCUGAAGCCAAGGACUUCCUGCUGCUUCAGGACCGCAGAGGAGAACUGUACAGCCCCAGAACUCGACCUCGCAGGGCCAUGGGAACAGCUGAGGUUAUAGUGACAGUGGGAGGGGAGGAUGAUAAAGUCGUGCUCAGGAGCGUGGAGAGCUUUGACCCCAUGACCAGCCAGUGGAAAAGCCUCGCUUGCCUUCCGUUUGCUGUGAGUAAGCACGGAUUGGUGGUGUCAGGUUCCAUGCUUUAUCUGGCUGGUGGUGAAUUCCCAGAUGGCUCGGCCAGCAGAGAGAUGUGGCGCUACGACCCCUGCUUUGAUUCAUGGUUAGAGAUGGCUCCAAUGAAUGUAGCUAGAUCAGAACUAGGUCUAGUGAUGCUAGAUGGAUACGUGUUUGCAGUGGGAGGCUGGGAGGGCCGCUCUCGUCUCGACUCGGUUGAGUGCUAUAAUCCGCACACUAAUACAUGGCAGUUCAUGGAGUCGGUUAAAAUGGCUGUCACCAGUCCUGCUGUGGUUGCACUGGAUGGACUGCUUUAUGUCACAGGUGGUGCAGUUCUUGAAGAUGGAGAUGGAACCGACCUUGCGCAGGUCUUCAACCCUAAGACGCAUGUGUGGACAGAAGUGGCUCCAAUGCAGAUCGCCCGCUCAGGGUCUGCAGCCUGCACUCUGAAGGGCAAAAUCUAUGUUAUAGGUGGAUGGCAUGCCUCAACAGAGAACACAGAUAAAGUAGAAUGCUAUGACCCAAAGAGUAACAGGUGGACUAUGUGUGCACCAAUGAAGGAGCGACGUUAUCGGCCUGGAGUGGCAGUUGUGGAUGGGAAAAUCUAUGUGUUGGGAGGAGAGGAGGGCUGGGACAGGUACCAUGACACAAUUGAGCGGUACUGUGACAAGACUGACAGCUGGGAAAUUGUUGGCGAGAUGCCAACAAGUCGUAGCUGGUUAAGCUGUGUCUCUCUGCAGAUGAGGAAAGAAUCUCACGCUGCUGGACACCCCGGCACUGCUGCAGAGGCCGAGUUUCCUGUGGACUGAUGGCAUCUGGAUAACGAUGUGCAUUAAGCCUCACACUCUGUGUGCCUGCCACACCCAGCAACCAUGGGGCUGUGUGUGUGUGUGAGAGAGAAGGCCAUGAGAGAAUGAAUCGUUCGAUGGACGUAGUUUUCAGUUUGCAAAGGACACGCUAGCGAACCGGCUGGUCUGAUGAAACUAACGAAACUACUCAUGUGCCAAUGUUGUGGAGUCCAUUCGUUGCUGUGGAUGGAUGAUUAUCAUGUGUAGCACAUGUCUGUGUACGUCAUCUCCCUGAAUGUGUGGAAACAUGUAUACAGGGUACCCUGUGAGCUCUGAGCACCUCACAAUGGUCAAAUAGUGAUGUUGUUUCUCCCCACCCCCUUAACCGCCACUAUAGUGAAAUAUUUUUGUAUUGUAUUUUGGUGAUUGUUUGUACUUAUUAGGUUUGUAUGUUAGACAUUGUAUAACAGUGGGUUAUCUGUGUUAUUUAGCUGCCACGCUCUAGUAUGGAUGAGAUGGUACAAAAAAUUAUACAACAAAUUUUCUGUCUAUUAAGGGAUCUGAAAGAGAGUAUCACACGCAUAUGUUUUAUAUCUAUACAGUAGCUCAGCAAUGUAAAAAAAAAAGCAAAAAAACCACUAAAAAUUGCACAAUUCUUUUUCAUUAAGACUUUCUAGUCACUCACUGUUCUAAAUUAACGCUUUAAGACACUAUGGGGCCAUAUUCGCAAAAAAAAAAAUCUUAAGAUGUUGCCAUUUAAGGAGAAAUGCAUGUAAAGUGGGUGUGAGUCCUAUGUUUUUCAGUCUAAAUUUAAUGUACAAGGUGUUGUAGCAUUAAAGUGACGGUCCGGAAGACUCUUGUGUCACUCAGCACAAAACACAAACGGUUCUAAAAUUGUUUUAUACAAUUUAGUCAAAGCGCUUCAGUGAGUUCAUGAUGGGGGAAAAAAGUGUCAUUGUGUCAGCUUCAUGAUGGUUUAAAAAUGAUGGGAGUAGUCAUGGGAGCAAUCAUCUCGCUUACUAGAAGUAGCAAUGCAGAUGACCAGGGAAUAUCUUCAUAACCCCUGAGUCGUGUUAUACUGUACACCUGCCUGCCGGUUUUAUUAUGUACACUAUAAUCAUGUUACAAACUCAUUCCACAAAUCAUGCAUCACCUGACUGCAGAGUGCGUUAUAAGUCAGGCAGUUCCCCAUUUCCUAGCGUCAAGUCAGUUUUAAAAUGAAGUGCUGGGAUGGUCAAAACUGGAUGGUGCGAGGAGUAGCGUUGCGUCGCGUCGUUACAGCUCCAGUGUCUGUGGGUUAAUCCAGAGCUCAGGUUACUCUAUGUGCAGAGGUUUUAUUUAUUUAUUUAUUUAUUUUUAUUAAGAUGUUCUCUCCCUGACAUUCUGGGUUUCCUCCAGGUUCUCUAGUUUCCUCCAAACUCCCAAAAACAAGCUGGUCCCUAGGUGUGAAUAUGUGCUCAAGCAUCCCAGCCAGACUGUUUUUCCGCAUCUUGCCCAGUGUUCCUGGGAUAGGCUCUGGAUCUUCUGCCUCCCUGUCCAGGAUAACGCAGUUACAGAGGAUGGAUGGAUGAGUGGAUGGAUGGAUGGUCUAAUGAAUGGUCAAACACCUAACCUUAGAGACUUGAAUGUGUUAUGAUAGUUGGUGUUACUCAUGCAUGCACUAGCAUCUACUAGUACUACUGGGCUUUUUACAGGGAUAGACUUUGGCUCCGUUGCGGCCCUGGCCACAAUAAAACGGUUAUUAAAAAUGAUUAGUAUCGAACUGCAGAUUACAAGAGCAGAAGUCCUUGUCAAGUGCUAAUGUCAGCAUACAAGAAGAGAUUUAUUGUCUCCAGAGGGCACUGAGGCAUCAGAUCUGUUCUGGAAGGAUCUGAAUGCGGUCCAAGCAGCUUCAUGCCACUGGUGUGAACAGCUGGUGGAGGCCGUGUGAUGUUGUGUAGAAUGUUUUUCUAGUACACUUUACUGGUCCCUGAUACUCGGUGAAGAACAUCUGGACAGUGUGAUGUACCCAAAACUACAUGCAUUCAUGGCAACAGUUUGUCCAUAUCAGAACACUGCUGGUGAUGUAAUCGCACAAGUCACAAGCAGAGCUUAAUUUGAGCCGGAUCCUGUUCCUCUAAACUAUAGCACACCUGCGUUCCGGAACCUUUUUAUGUGGAUCCGGCACCUCUGCAGCUGGAAGUAAAAUCUCCUGCAGCGAUAUUAUCAAAACAAAUAGUUUCAGCUUUUAAUUCACCAAAAGUUAAAACAGAACAACAACAAAAAUCGUAAAUAGAAAUGCUCAAAUAUUGCUAAUAGCCAAUCAGUAGUAUCUUUCACAUAACAUAAUCAUUUCAAGUUCAAAGUUCACCUGAAUUCGUUGUCACGAAGAGAAGCCGACAGUCACGUAGCAUGUGCUGUAGAGUGUGUCAUGGUGAAAAGAAAGCAGUUAUCAAGAACGCAAACAAAAUACUGAAAAGGCAAGAGUCCAAGAGAGUGAGUGGCAUCAGGUCACUCACCAAAGCAGUUUGGUGACCGUUCCCAUGACUAGCAGUGAUAACGCUAGCCUGAUUGUGGAGGACUUUUUAGAAGUGUUUACGAGGCUAAACGUUGUCAACCUGCGCAUGGCUUCGAAAGUGAGAUUGACUGCCCGAAAUUAAAUAUAAUUAACAGCCCAUGUACAGUCAUUUGGGCUUUUAGGGAGUACAGGGAGUCAAAUAGACCAACCGUUCCAGAAGGACUGAGGCAGUUGAUGGCUACUGUGAACACCAUACCUAUCUCCAGUGGAGCGCAAGCAGGGUUUCUCUCAAAUGAAUCUCAUCUGUAGCUCGCAGUGUGCAUCUCUUCUCAUCCACACCGUUUCAUCUCUGAUGGUUUUGAACAUGGUUUUGAACGGUGGUGGGUCCACCGCUUACAAUCCCGAGCCAUUUGUGUGCUCAUGGAUACGUAAGGGACACAGGGAAGAGUAGGGGGACACUGACAUGACAGCUUUGUGGAAUAUUUUAUCGUAGGUAAGACGACUUUAUUCUUGAUUAUGUUGUGCAGUUAAUGUUAGUUUAUUGUAAGUACGCUUACUGUAUGAAAUGAAGCUUUGUUUUUGAAGGGCUUUGGGAAAAUGUGUUUUGUAGCUAACUGAGGUGACAGCACAUAAGCUGAAAGAGUGUGCAAUUCAUAAAUCUUUCCCUUUGUAUUGAGAAUACUCACUUCUAUUAAGUUCGUUAUGCUAUUACGUCACUGCACCAGUGUGAUUGAUUACACAGACCUUGCUAUCAGCAUUGAAUAUCGUUGGCUACGUGAGAUAGUGGAAGCACUUUUACAUGUCUGUAAGUUUGAGGAUCAGAACCUUUCUGUGCUUCCCGACCUGCCGGAUCGAUACCCUCCUAAUGUCCCGGGACCUGCAGAUUUACAGAUUAAGCACUGGUCACAAGAUAUCAUCACCAAAUGGUUCCAGGACCAUGACAGAGAGUCUUCACAGCAUCAGUGUCCUGUACUGACCCUCAAUUGUAAUCCUAACAAGCAUCUUUGGGAUGAGGUAAGGCGUCGUGUCCAUCACAUUGGCGGUAACUAAGCAACACAUAUAUAGUUCAACAGUCCUUAUAGUUCAACAGUCCUGCACAACACAUCCAGAGUCCUGUAGAGUCUGGCAUCCCAGAGUAGAGCAGCUCAUUGUGGCAGUGAAUGCCCCAAACUUUGUUUGAUCCAUUAUACUGUAUGUUUGCCAACUACAAUGUCAUAGUUACAUUAGGACAUUAUUCCAAUAGUUCUUCGUAAUUCCUUUUCGUAAUAUGGCGACAUGAAUAGAUGCUAGGGAGUUCUGGGCCCCUUGAAUAAAUAUUGAUAUGGGCCCACACCAUCCUCCACCCAUAUCAUAUAUGGUAUAAGACAGUGGUUUUCAAAGCGGGGGCCGCCAGGGGGCGCCCGGGGGGCCUCAACAAUUUGGUGUGAAAAAUAAAUAAAUACAUGAUUUUCUCUUUCUCACUCUCAGACAACCACACACACACAAUCAAUUCCUAAUGUAAUGUAAUGUAAAGAUGUAAUUAUAAAAUAAAAAAAGGGGGAAAUAUAUUCAGAAGUCUGUAUUUUUAAUGUGUUUUAAAGACAUCUAGCAAAAGGGGGGCCUCGGUCAAAUGUCAAUGCCAUUUGGGGGGCCUUGCCCUGGAAAAGUUUAGGAACCCCUGGUAUAAGAUAUGGGCAUGAAGGCCCAUAUCUACAGUGUCAUGUAACCUAAUAGGGAUUUCUUACAAAAUAACAAUAAUAAAAUAAAACAAAUGUUUAAAAGUACCAGAAAUAUAAUAAAAAGACUAAACCAUUUUAGGGAGGGGAGAAUAGAUAUCUGGAAAAUGUCUUUCAUGAAAUUGCAUGUUUUUGUGCUUUUCAUUAAACUCUCAGGCAUACAAGCUGUAGCUGUAAAAUAUAAACUAUAAUUAUUCAUUGAGUAGGAGCCUCUACAGCAUAACUAUGGGAUUUAGUGGGGCCCCUGGGCAGUGGGGGCUGUUAUAAUUGUCACCGCUUUUCACCCCACUAAUGACACAUAGUAUACUACUGCGCCAACCAAAUCAUGUCAAAAUUCAUCUGUGAAAGUUUUCCUGUAGCAACAGGUUGGACCCCACCCUUAAUCUCAGCAUAUUUCCUUAGAUUCCUCACAGAAAAGCUUCAGCUGGGGAAUCUGUAACUAAUGAGGACUUUUGGCGAUAUGUUUUUUUUGUCCACAUGGUCCCAAAUUGUUUUAUUACUUACUGAAUGCAUUCUACAGAAAGGUUUAGCAUCUACAUUUUCAGUGCAUGAAUUAUGCACUCAAACUCAGAAGACAUGCUGCAUGCUCACAACACAACACAAUUCUUUGGGUAUCAUUGUGCAUUUCAGACACAUAUACUAGUUUAUAAUAGUGCUAUGCACUUUAUCCUUUAUUCAUAACAGAUAUCAUGUCACCUUUUCCCAUCAACUAUAAUAUGAUUCGAUUAUUGUUGCCCGAUAUAAAUAAAUGACAUUAUUACAGUUUCUAUUAUAGUUACCAUUUGCCUUUAUUGUUUUAAAAACUCAACACUUUCUAAACUCCACUGCUGUAUAAAUAGGACUCAGGAUAUUUAAGCCAAUGUGCACUGAGAAAGGCUUCAAUAAGCUUCAUUUCACCACCACUGAUUUCUGUAGCAGGGGACAGUGGCUUAGUGGGUAUGACAAUUGCCUCACACCACUGCUAUGAGACAAAACCCCCAGGGUUCAAAUCCUGCCUCCACUCUGUGUGCAGAGUUUGCAUGUUCUCCUGGUGCUUCAGGGUUUCCUCCCCCAGUCCUCAGACAUGUGGUGUAGGCUCAGUAGCAUUUCCAAAUUGUCACUGUGUGUGAACGGAUAUGUGAACCUGUGUGCCCUGCGACUGGGUUGACACUCCUCCAGCAUGUCCCCCACCUUCUGCCCUGAGUUCCCUGGGAUAAGCUCCAGGUUCCUGUAGCUCUGAACUAUUGAUUUUUAUGAAACAUGAUGGGAUUAUGUUCUUCUUUAUUAAC